AUGCCAUUUCCUCAGAAACUCUGUCAAGAGGAAAGGGAUAAACAGUUUGCUCGCUUUGUGGUGUAUCUCAAAACACUAGAGAUAAAGAUCCCUUUUGUAGAAGCUCUUGAACAGAUACCUUCUUAUGCAAAGUUCAUGAAGGAUAUUCUAAGUCAUAAGAAAGAUUGGAGGGAGACACAAACAGUCAUCCUCACUGAGGAAUAUAGUGCAAUCAUUCAGAACAGCUUACCAAAGAAGCUUAAAGAUCCUGGAAGCUUUAUGAUACCAUACAUUCUAGGUGAUGCUUGUACAAGGACAGCUCUAUGUGACCUUGGAGCAAGCAUCAACCUAAUACCUACUUCUUUAAUAAAUAAGCUCUGUUUGAUUGAGGAAGUCAAACCAACCCGCAUGUUCCAUCAACUUGCUGAUGGGUCUAUUAAGAUACCAUCAGGAGUGAUAGAGGACAUGAUUGUCAAGGGGCACAAGAGUGCAUCUCUCAUCCUAGGAAGACCCUUCCUAGUUACAGGACAAACCUUCAUUGAUGUUGAAAAAGGGGAAGUAACCCUAAGAGUCAAUAAGGAGAAGUUCGUACUGAAUGCUGUGAAGGCUAUGCAGCAUCCAGACAUUCCUGAGGAAUGCAUGAGCAUUGACUUCAUUGAUUCCCUGGUGGAAGAAGUCAACAUGGCCAAAAGCUUCAAGGACAGGCUUGAUGAUAUCCUUGAUGAUACUCAGCCUGACUCAGAGAAAAUUCUGGAAACCUCUAACGAAAUGGAGAAGCUAAGAAUCCAAGAGGUUACCUUGCAUAAGGACUCGAUAAUAUUCAACGUUCUCAAACCUCCAUUACCCCUUGACAAGGGAGGCACUUGCAUAAAGGAUUCAGCAUCCAAGCCUCCACCCUUGGAUGGAACUUAUUCAAUCCAUCCUAAGACCAAACGUAAGUUUGUUGUUGGAUGUACACCAUCCACCUAG